AUGGCGAAAAGAUCCAGAGAUAGUACGUUCAAUAGUGACAGUAAUGAUGAGUUCCAGUUUGACUCUGACGACACAGGUGUCAUUAGUUCAUCCAGUGGAAGUGAAAUCCUUGCAACAAGUAAUGCACUCAGGCGCUUCAAUGUGGGCAGUGAUAGCAGCAGCAAUGAAGAGAUGAAUAUUCAGGAAAAUGAUGGCCGUAGUGAUAAUGAAUGGACGAAUGUUACAAAUCACGAUAUCAUUCCACAAAAAAUACAGUUUAGUUCUGAAUCACGAACCCCUGGUUCACAACUACAAUCAACUUAUAAAGAACCGUUAGAUUUCUUCAACUCGUUCUUUACGGAAGAGUUGAUCAAGAAAAUAGUUGAGGAGACUAAUCGGUACGCAAAUGAUACGAUACAAAAAAAACAUGUAAAAAAGCGGUCCAUAUGGCGUACAUGGACUAAUGUCACACUAAAAGAAAUGCGAGCAUUUCUCGGGAUAAUAUUGCUUAUGGGAACAAUGCCACUUCCGAACCUGAAGGAUUAUUGGAGCACCGACAGGAAAUGCAGGAUCCCGUACUUUGCCGAAGUAUUCAGGAGGGAUCGAUUUCUACAAGUAUUCUGGAUGCUUCAUACAAAUGAAAAUACUGAAGGUAGACAAAACAUGACAACAAGGACGCAGAAAAUUAGCAAUUUUUUGGAUUACAUUGAUAGUAGAUGUCGAGAAAAUUUUGUACCCGGGGUGCAAUUAUCAGUGGAUGAAUCCAUCGUCAAAUUCAAAGGGCGAAUAACUUUUAUUACGUACAACCCACAGAAACCAACCAAGUGGGGUAUCCGUAUUUACGUUCUUGCAGACGCCAAUAUUGGUUAUAUACAGACUAUUUUACCAUAUUAUGGCAGUUUUACUACAGAAAAAUUACUUAGACCAGAUCUGCCAAUAAGUACAAGAAUAGUCUUACAACUAUACCACAAUCUAUUGCAAUCCAAUCCUGGCGCUGUAGGAUACCAUAUCUUCAACGACCGAUAUUUCACAAGCAUUCCCUUGGCAGAUGCACUACUAGAACUGAAAUGUCAUCUGACUGGAACUAUCCAGACAAAUAGGAAAUUUAUUCCAGAUGAAAUAAAGAAUCCAAAGAUUGCGAAAAAUGAGAUGGUUGCCUACAGACGGAAAGAUUUACUAUUAUUGGCUUGGAGAGACAAGCGUAUAGUGACCAUGCUCAGCACCUGUGCUACCUCAUCUUCAAAAACCGUCACUAAAAGGUCAAAGAAAGAAGGAGUAACUGAUACUGUGAAGCCAGAUGUGGUUCUAAAUUAUAAUAAAUACAUGGGCGGGGUAGACAAAGCAGACCAGUACACAGGCACGUACUGUUUUAUGAGAAAGUCCCAAAAAUGGUGGCGAAAAUUAUUUUUUUGGGGAUUGGACGUUUCUGUGAUAAAUUCCUAUUUAUUGUAUCAGGAACAUCACAAGAAAUACAACAUAAAAAAGUUAAGCCAUAUAGAAUUUGUACGUCGCUUGGUAGAUCAAUUGAUUGGAGAUUUUCGAGAUGGUGAUCCCAAGCCUCCUUCGACUUCUGGAACAGCGGAAAGGCUCAACGGCCUUCUACAUAUUAUUCGGCGAAAUGAGACAGGAAGAAGCAAAGAUUGUGUCGUAUGCUCGAAUCGGAAGGUAAAACAUGGAAGGAGAGAAUCGAUGUACUAUUGUGCUACUUGUUCAGCUAAGCCGACCUUGCACAUAGGUGAUUGUUUUGAGCGAUACCACACAAAGGAAGAAUAUAAAACGUAUAAUAUGUAA